AAGAGAGAGAGAGAGAGGAUCCCCCAUUUUAGCUCAACAAUAUUACAGCAGUGCAGAGAUAUCUAUAACAAUGGCAGCCGGCCAUUGUUUUUUUUGUUGUUGUUGUUAUUGUGCUAUUGAUCCUCGUGGCAACCUAAUACACACACAGUCAAUCUAAUUGUUGUUUUAAGCUCUCGUUAGACUGGCUGUUUUCCCCCACAUGAUCAUCAUCCAUUGCCUCCAGGCAUACUGACUUACCAACCGGAUCUAAGACACUGCACCGAAGAGAGAGCGGGAUGGAGCGACAGAUGAAGAGAGAGAGAGAGAGAGAGAGAGAGAGAGACAGAUGAGAGAGAGAGCGAGGGAGGACGAGUGGCCGGGUAAGCACAGGAGAGAAAGAGAGCGCACAGGAGAGCAGGAAAAAAAAACAGCGGAAAGGAAGAGAGUCGCAGGAGGAAGAGGGAGAAUGCACGGCGUCUGGCUAACUCUUCCAUGCUUGUAUCCAGGGCCUUUGUGAAUACACCAUGGGAUGCAUCGGCUCCAGGAGACUGACAGCAGAUGGCGUGCCAGUCCAGAAGGAUGGGGAGCAGGUAAGACCUCAUUCACCUUGUAGCAGAACUUUUCCCACAAGGGAGGACACGCCGAGGAACCAACAUGGCUGAGUUGACGUAGUUGCACGGUGAGCUGCGGCGUUGACAGGCAGCUCACCUCACACACCCCUGGAGUCAAGCUCUUGGUCACGUGCUGCUGCUCCCACUAGUAGAUUAAGAAAGUAGCGCACUGUGCAUCAUUUCCACCACGUAGCCCUGCACAUGAUAGGAUGGCAUAUAGCUGGAAGAGGGAACAAUUUCCGUCUCUGUCGGCUCAUUGCCGUCAGACGAUGUCUUGACGUCCGACCAACAAGAGUUGCUGCUCAUUACUCGUAAAAAAAAAAAAACAGUGACCAUUCCCAUUAUAGCCUCUCCUCACUUCCUCCUCUUUCUCUCUCCUCUGGGACAGGGUGCAGAAGAGAAAGCCAUUUUCCACAAAAAAUGCAGCUUCACUUUUCAACCUAAAAGUACUGCAGACUGAUUCCAUGAUUUAUUUAUGCAUCAUGCUCCACCAUGCCCUUGCAAGAGUAGAAAACACCCACACAGGCCAUCAAAAGAUCAUUUUUUGGGCCUUUUUAAGAAGGAACAUGGGUGUAGCUUCUUCACUGGCGCACUCAACCACUCAAGUGUUAAACCUCUUCAUUACUUGUUCCUCUGAGGAAGGAGACAAGUGUAAGAGGAAAUAGCUACAAAAUAUGUUUACACACAAACAAAGGAGGAGUAAAGAAAUUAAAAGGAAGCUGCCAGUUGCAUGAAGCUAUCAUGUUAUGUUGUUUGGUAUUCAGUUACAUUCAUAUGAUUAAAAAGGAGCAUAAUGAAAAAGUUACAAUAUGAUGAUGGAUGGUUUAAUUUUUUAAAGCCUAUUCGCUGAAGAAAAACAAAAUUCCAUGUCUGUAGCUGACUGACGGAUUGUUGGUAGCAAAGCCUGUGUAUUUUUACCUAUUUUUACAGCACAUUCUGAAGUGGUGGCCAUAUACACGGGUGGCCUCAUUUAGCUAGGCGUGGGUUAGAGGCAGUAGUAUGUCCAUGAGGAAGAAGUUUUUUUCCUUCAUCACAUCAUGAGGACAAACGAUACAGAAAAUGGAUGGAUGGACAUCAUGAAAAGGUCAAAAGUGACCGUUUGAGUGCCUCUUCUCUCAAAAUUGGAGCAAGUUAGGGAGAUUACAUAUUUUUCUCACAUUUGCUGCUUUUAAACAGGCUAUAGGCACACAUGUUAUUAUUGGAAUAUCAUUAAGAAGUCAAUUUUGCAUGUUAGGGGACAUUUUUGAUUUUAAUGUUGGAUUUUUCUACUUUCUGCUGCUACGAUCAAUUAAUGAAUUAAUUAUGCAAAUCCCUACAAUGAAGACAGCCAAAAUUGCAUUUUAUGAGGUGAAAGCUACCCUGUAAUUAGUUCAUCUUUGAAUCGGCCUUAUUUGUCCAUGCAGGUGCACGAUGAAUGAAUGUUUCUACUUUCCACUAAAACUGACUGUUAAUAUCGACUUUUCUGCAUCGCCAGUAGCCACGCAGUGUCCCGGUCUACUUAGUGUCCAGCUGAUAAAGGAAAAUUCCGUCUUAUCGUCUUUGUCCUCAGCAGCACCAGCAGCCUCAACAAACACACCACCACACACACAAACACACACUCAACCUGCUGCUGCAAGCUUCAGUCUUUUGUCUGACUGCUGCAUCAGAUACUACUGACAUCUUUUUCUCUCUAUCAGACACACACAGGCUUUAACUGGCUCUGGCAUCCCAUACACUAUACUAGUAGGUGUGUACUGAAUUUUGUGGCGAUUUGACUAAACAAACAAGUUACAGUGGAUGUUUUGCAGAGCGCAUAGAGGUGUGAGAGAAAUUUUCCAAGUCAAUCUAACUUAUGGGGUUAAACAUUGGGGUUUAUUUUUUUAUUUUAUUUUAUUUAAAAUUUUUGGGGUUUAUUAACAGCACCACCAUGAGAUGUAUUUGCCAUAAAAACAACAGGCAAGGCGGUAUGGAUACAUUUUUUGACAAAUGUUACCUUUUUACCAUGACCAAAAGUUAACUUACCCAAAUACAUUUCAUAACUGUUAGUGUGUCAAUCAAAACAUAUUUUUUGCUAUUGUAUUGGAUGGUACAGAUGUACCUAAUGUUGUGGCCUGUCACCGGUGAGGCGGCUCAUUCAUUCCUAGCAUAUUCAAUCGCUUCAUAAGUGAACAUAUCCAAACUGAUCGAUGUUUAAUUCCCUCCUUUCUCCCUGUCAUUCUGGUCUUGAGUCGUUCCUGAAAAAAAUCCUGUAUCUUGUAUCUUCCUCUUUUCCUCUUCCGCCGCAUGUCCCAUGUGCAAUCUCCCUAUCUGUUGCAAUCUGCCCAUUUUCUCCCUUGCUCUCUACCCCCCAUGCAUGUCAAUGUUCUCUCUGUCCUGUCGCUGUCUUUCCCUUCCCUCUCGCCUCAUUGUCUCUCUCCUUCUCAGCAUGGACGCUCAGAAUUUUCAUGGGAAGGAAUCAAUCUGUCUAUGGAGGACACCACGUCAAUCCUGCCACGCCUCAAGAGGAACUCAAACGCCUACGGCAUCGGAGCUCUGGCUAAGUCUUCUCUGUCAGGUGUGUCAGGUGUGACCCGCUCCAUGAAGGAAAGAGUGACCAAGCCCACGGCCAUGGCUCAGGGUCGCGUCGCUCACAUGAUUGAGUGGCAAAACUGGGGCAUGCAGACGGUAGGCUCGGGGGGCCUCCCCCAGUCCCGCAUCACCACCCAGGAGCGGGAAAAGGAGCGGCGGCUGGAGAACGACGCCUACAGUGACCUGAGUGACGGCGAGAAGGAAGCUCGAUUCGCCGCAGGCAUCCUGCAGCAGUUUGCCAUUUCGGAGGCUACCCUCCUGGCCUGGUCAUCCAUGGAUGGCGAGAGCCCUAGGUCAGGUUCAAACCAGGGCAGCGUGGCCCAUCUGAGCGAGGUCAACCAGGAGAGCAUCACCAGUCGAGACCAGAUCUUGCACCACUCCUCAGCAGAGGUGUGGCCCCACACCUACGUCUCCCAGGGACACUACUGCCUCUCAUCCUCGGAUGCCUGGGAUCCCAUCAACAACGACCCGUCCGGUGUGGCAUCUCCUCCCGCUGGCUCCUACCUCGUGGGGACUGAGGGCUACGACGGGCAGGCAGCCGCUCACUUCCUGUCGCAGCAGCAGCAGCAGCAGUUCAGCCUGCAGCAGCAGAGCCAACUGCAGCAGCUGCAGCAGAUCCAACAGAUGCAGCACUACCAGCAGCAGCAGCUCCUGCAGUAUCAGCAACAACAGCUGCACAGCGCCAACCACUCUUUGCAAGCAACCCCCAACAGCACCAUUCACAGCCUGGUCCACCAAGUGCACCCGCCCCUGGUCGACCUGUGGAACACGGGACAGAUGGAGGCCUAUCAGGUGGAGGCUGGAGGCUACAUGGGCGUGGCAGCCGUGGUGGAGCCCAGCCUAUGUGUUCCUGGCGGAGAGGAGCUGGUGGGGAAUGAACACUCACCACUGCUGGAGCAGCAGGAAGAAGAGGAGGACAUUAAGGAUGGAGAGGUGACACUGUGUAUGGAGCCAGAGUCGGCCAUGUUGACUCCACCCACGCAGCCCGGGGACGCCUCCGGUGCAAGUAGUCCGGGGCAACUGCCGCCGGAGCCAGCGGUCGAGCAGAAGGCCUCCGACGCGGGGACGUCCAGCAGCCUUGCUCACACGCUACAGGAAGAAGAAGAGGAGGAAGAGGAGGGACAGCAGCAGCAAGAAGGGCCGGCUGCUUCCAUGGCAACCAACUGACUUCCUGAGCUGUGUGAAGUGACUCCUUGAUACAAACUGACCAGCGAAGUCAGACAUAGUAAUACAAUAUCUAUCUAUUAUUCUGUUGCUUUUCAGGUAUCAAAAACAAACAAAAAAAGAACAUUUUUUUGCAAGAUGGAUUGAAAGAAGACUGAUGGAAGACCUGAUGCAACAAACUUUGUAAGCCUUACAUCCCAAAGGUAAAUAGAGAAGAUGGAGGUGGAGGAGGCAGAGCUACACGGACAUUACCACCAGGGACCAUAAGGGGGUUGGGGGUGGGGUGGGUGGGGGUGUGGGGGGUGGGGGGGGUGCAUGCAUGCUUUUUUUCUGAUGACAAGUGACCCCAUCAUCCUAUAAUGAAAAUUUAACAUAAUACUAAAACAUGAUAAUAGGAAACAUUUUGUAAUAAAGCAGAAAAAGGAGCAAGAUAAAAAUACAUGUUUAAGUGUAUGGUAAAAUAUUAAUGAGAGGGGGGGCUGUUUACAACAUAUUAGAACAUUGUGCGACCCCUUUCUUACAUACAACCCCCCCAAAGGCAGGUUUUAAAGCCCUCCAAUGAUGAAUUCUUCCAUGACUGCACACACAUUAACACUGCACAGAUAAGGAUUGUACUGUAAAGAUAAGUGUGCUUCCUACUCUGUCUCUCUGUAUGCAUGUUCCUAUGGAGUACCUGUACUAUACAGCACUGUAUAGACUUUGCACUGAACCAUAGCGGGAGGAGGGUGGGAUUUACUGUGGGCUCGGAGCAGCGGAGGAAGAAAAAUAAAAGACAGAACUCUCUUUUUUUUUGGCACUGAUGCAAUCCAACCGAUCAGAGGUUGCCUUUUGGACUGUUGAUGUUCGCCGAGGCCCACUCUUGAAAGCUUUUAGCACCACACAAACACACACACACACAAACACACACACAACCAGAACACAACCACUUGACAACAACAUCAACCCUGAGUUAUUAAUAAUGUUGAUGACGAUGAUGAUGAACACUAUUUGAAUGUACGGGAACACUUUCAGUGGGAAUUUGUGUGUUGAAAUUUUGAUUCAUUGUUGGCUCAUGUGCACCCCAUCACCGCUACUGCUACUACUACACGGCUCCACAAGUUUUUGGACAGUGACGCCACCACAUUGCAUUACAAAUAAAACAAUCAAGAUGUGAUUGAUGAGUACAUUUUCAGCUUUAAUUUACGGGCUCUCACAAAAAUGGCCGUUGCCAUUUAGGAAUUACAGCCAUCGUAAGCCUAUAGUAUUUUAUUUUAUUUUAUUAGAGACAUUUUCAGGGACUCAAAAGUAUUUGGACAUAGUGACAGAAUUAUGAAUACAACCAUACAUACCACACCUGUCAAUGAUGACACACCCACUUUUGAGUUUGAUGGUGAAAAAUGAUGGUUAUAGUUACAAUUACAGGAUUUUUCUUUAAAAUGAUCUUUGUGUCACCACAAAUGUGUUGUGUUCAAAAUGCUCUGGAAGACAUGCUACUAUACAUGACUUAUAAAAACCACAAUAAACUGGUUGCAUUUGUGCACAAACCCUAAAACUAAUACUUUGUUGAAUCACCUGUUGUUUUAAUUACAGUACUCAGCCACGUUUCAAUUGGAUUCAGGCCUGGGCUCUGAAGUAUUGACAAAUGUGUUAAUUUGGACAUAAAUUAUAUUUAUGACGCCCCCUAUUGGUUGUGUUCAAAAUGCUUAGGAAGACAUGCCAGUCCCGUCCAUGCCCGUGCAAAAAUGUUUUUCCAUCAAGCUCAAAUUUGACAAACAUGUGCUUGUCAGUCCCCUAAAUGUAUGCACCAAAUUUCAUGUUGAUUAUGCUUAACACCCUAAAGUUACGUUUUGUAGAGUGUGCUGAGCUGUGUGAGAAAUUUCAAGUUUCACACUCAUGGGGUUUAAUAACAGCCAUGUGGUGUAUUUGUCAGACAAAUAACAGUACAGGCAACACAGCAGAACAGUGCAUGGUUUGACAAAUUUGCACCCUUUUGUGUGCCAGCGGGAGUAGAAGCGUUAGCUUGACUGUCUGUCAGGCUAAUGUGCAUAAUAUGGCAUUUCUAAAUGGUAAAUGCCACUAUUUUGUGAAACCUCUUCAAUUAAAGCUGAAGUCAACACUUCAAUUACAUCUUGAUUGUUUUCUUUUUUUUAAUCCGACGCGGUGGUGAAAUAUUGGCAACUUGUCCAAAUACUUGUGCACCAAAAACACACGAAUAUCUCAAUUGUAACCAGCAAUAGGCAGGCACAAGGCUGGCUUGCCGGUGCCACCUCUUGUUACAUAGAUGUAAAUAGUAUAGAAAAGAUAAAACACCUUACACUCACCAAUAUUCUACUACAGUAUUUUUUUUUCACUUUUUAUUUUAGGAUUUCUCCUAAAACAUGCUUGAAUUCAUGACUACAAGUUCCAUUAGAGCGAAGAUGAAAACGAGGGACGUGUGCUGCCCAGUCAGCCAAUCAGGGAAUAGAAGAGGCGGAGUUAAAGGCGUCUUCCUUGCUCAUGUGUGAGGCAACUGUUUGUGGAGUGUGACAUUCGUGUAUGCUGACGUUUUUUUUUAAUUUUAUAUUUUACACGGUCCUGAGAGGAAAGGAGAGAGGAGGUGGAGCUGAACAAGAUACUUUCUGUGUAUGGAGACUUUCCACCUUUUCUCAUGGUUUGUGUGAGAAACUUUUAAGCUAUAAAAAAACGGACUUGAAUGACUUGAUGUAUCGAUUGCUUCUUUAUGCAAUGUUGGGACAAUGUUUAUUUUUCUACUUGAAAUCCCUAAAACUACAACAGGUGUCAUGGUUGUAAAAGUAGUGGGGGUUGGUGCAAGAAGACAUUUUGGCGGGGGAUGAAAAGGCAGAUUUUGUUCGAUUUUGAUGAGUGUGGGAUGGCUCCAAACAAGAAUGUCUUUAUACAAUGGCACAUAUUCAUUUAUUUAUUUAGCAGUUUGGGAGGAUUAGCUUGUACAGAGUCUUAUCAUUUUAUUAAAUGCUGCUUUGGUUCAAUAUGGGCUCACCUCAGAGAGGAAACGUGCAUGGAAAAAGCAGAAUUGCCACUGUUUCUUCUUCUUUUUUUUGGCUGGGGGCUGAAUUUUUGCUUUUAUUUUGUUGAUCAACCAAUGAAUGAAUAAAUAAGAAGCCACAUUUAUUCCUGUGGAUGUUAAGGCUUUAAGGAUCACGUCUCUCUCCUUUUGUACGUGACUGUGACUCAAUCCUUUGUAUCUGUUGUCUAUAUUUCUAUGUUUGUGUGUAUGUGUUGUCUUGUUGGAAGAAUCACUGCCUGGUUAUAAAAAAAAAAAAGAAAAAAAAAGUCAAUUCAACCAAAGGAUAUUGGAGGCAAUCAGACAUAUAAUCUGAAUCCAAAAACAUGGCCGCUGUGUAAAAGUGUGUAUAAAAAUUGGCACUUACACAUGCUUGAUGGAGCAUUCUUCCUUCUUGUCGCCUCCUUUUUGUUUUUUUCCAUUCCCUUUCUCCUCUUCAAUACUGCACGACCGAACCUCCUUCCACCACUCCUCCUGUGGCCCAAAUAAAGACACAAACCAACAAAUGUCUUGUGCAAA